AUGGUGUCCAAACCAUUUUUCAGCAAGAGAGAAGUGCUGUCGCAGAUCGCCAAGUUGUUCGAUCCAGCAGGUUGGCUUGCUCCCGUGGUCAUUUGGGCCAAGAUUUUUAUGCAAGAAAUCUGGAAGCAAGAAAUCGGCUGGGACGACUCCUUACCGGCGGAUCUCACAGAGCAGUGGACCAGUUUUCUGCGAAACUAUUCGUCCUUACAGGACAUCCGCAUUCCUAGAUGGACCAACUACACUCCCGGCGCAAAAAUCCAAUUCCACGGUUUUUGCGACGCCUCUCAAAGCGCGUAUGGAGCCGCUCUUUACGCACAAUUCUCCGCCGCCCUCCUACCACAUUUUCCCACCCCCGACGCUGAGACGUCCCUGUGGACAGAUUCCACAAUCGUUCUGGCAUGGUUGGAUAAGCAGCCAUGCAAGUGGAACACUUUCGUGGCGAACCGAGUUGCCAAGAUUCACUCGGUGAAUGGCACUUGGCAACAUGUUCGUUCCGAACACAACCCAGCCGAUCUGGCAAGCCGCGGUGUCUCGCCGCAAGAGCUACUGGCCAGUCGCCUUUGGUGGCAGGGGCCUGAAUGGCUGACGCACUCACCAGCGCAGUGGCCUUCACCAGUCAUUGGGCUCGAUACUGAAUUUGAGUGUCGAGCGGUGAAGGUCCAUGCAGCGCAAGUCCUAUGUGAGGACUUCCUCGACCGUUUCUCCAGGUUUGCCCAGCGUUGCCGCCAUCCCAAGGUCUCGUUUCCAGAGACGCUCAGCUCUCAAGAGCUUGCAGAAGCUCAAGAGAGGCUGAUUGUACAGGCUCAGAAUCGGGUAUACGCGAAAGAAUGUGCUUCCCUCCGAUCCCAUAAUCGUUUAAUCGGGUCAAGCGAUAUCCUAAGCUUGAAUCCGUUCCUUGACAAGCAAGGUGUCCUGCGUUCCUGUGGACGCGUAAGAGCGUCCACCUCCUUAUCCUACGACGAGCGGCAUCCAAUAAUUCUCCCGUUCGGCUGCGUGUUUUCACGCCUUCUGGUUUCCUUCACGCAUCAAGUCUCCCUCCAUGGAGGCAACCAAUUGGUGAUGCGGCUGGUCCGAACCAAGUUCUGGAUUCCCAAGCUAAGGAACUUGGUGAAGACAGUAAUUAGUGCAUGCAAGACCUGCGUGAUUCAUCGCCGCAAGCUCCAGUCGCAGCUGAUGGGUGAUCUCCCAACCGCUCGGUCGACUUUUUCGCGACCUUUCACUAACUCCGGAGUAGACUUCGCCGGUCCCUUCGAUGUCAAGAGCUACGUCGGACGGGGCUGCAAGAUUACGAAGGGUUACGUAUGUGUCUUCGUGUGCUUCAGCACGAAGGCAAUCCAUCUUGAGGCGACCACGGAUCUGACAGCUGAAAAGUUCUUGGAAGCUUUCUCCCGAUUCGUGGCACGGCGCGGUUGCCCUCUUCACAUGUACUCUGACAACGGGAAAACGUACGUCGGAGCCUCCUCCAUUCUCUCCAAAGAAUUUGUGGAGAGCACCCGCAACCUGAUUCUCACCACUCACAGCCAUCAAGGUUUUGCAUGGCAUUUCAAGCCACCUGGUGCCCCUCACAUGGGGGGUCUCUGGGAAGCAGGCGUCAAGAGUUUCAAGUCGCAUUUCUACAAGACGGUUUCCUCCGUAAAACAUUCGUUCGAGGAACUUUCCACCCUCCUGUCCAAAAUUGAAGCGUGCCUAAAUUCGCGGCCUUUAUCUCCUAUGUCAGAGGAUGUGAGCGACUUGGCGGAGCCAGAGUCCAGAGAGGAUGUGGAGUCCAUCCGCAACCGCUGGCAACGGCUCAAGGCUCUCCAUCAGCAUUUCUGUGUGCGAUGGAAGAACGAAUAUUUGGAGGAAUUGCAUAAGCGGAAUAAGUGGCAGUCACCUUCACGCGAUCUCCAAAUCGGUGACAUGGUGGUCAUCAGAGAGGAGAAUAUACCACCACAAGAAUGGCGCCUCGGGCGUGUGCUGACCGCUUGCCCAGGUGCUGAUGAAAGGGUCCGUGUGGUGGACAUCCAGACGUGUCGUGGUGUUUUCCGCCGACCAGUUGCAAAGCUGGUCCUCCUUCCUACGGGACGCGCGCUCUGA